AUGAAGAGGAGUUUGAUGAAACCUACGAGCGGAAGUACGUUUAGUUCGUUGGAAGAAGUUGUCUUCUACUAUAGGCAGUAUGCAAAACAAACUAGUUUUGCUGUGAUAAGAAGAGGCAUCAAAAAGAAAGGUAAUCGUGACGUUUACAUAAUUCUUGCAUGUAUUCGUGAAGGCAAACAAAGAAAAAGUAAAAGUGAUGCUAAAAAGGCUAUUCCAAAAAUAAUUAGAACAUGGUGUAAAGCCAGGAUUUGUGCAAUGUUAUGUGCCAAUAGAAUGUGGCGUUUGAGUAAUGUUAUGCUUCAGCAUAACCAUGACUUAAGCCCAGAAAAAGCAAAGUUUUUUAGAUGUAAUAAGAAUAUAGAUGCUGCUGUGAAGAGAAGGCUAGAGUUAAAUGAUAUAGCCGGUGUACGUACGAAUAAGAAUUUUAACUCUUUAGUUGUUGAAAGGGGAGGGUAUGAAAAUAUUCCAUUUGGAAAGAAAGAUUGUCAAAAUUUUAUUGACAAGACAAGAGAGCUUCGGCUUGGCAAAGGAGGUGCUUGA